AAUUCAGCAAAGGAAAAACAGUUGGCAAGAUGGUGUAGCAGGAACAAACUGUCCCAUUCAACCAGGAACAAACUUCACAUACCAUUACCAAGUGAAGGAUCAAAUUGGUAGCUUCUUCUACUUUCCUAGCUUGGGAAUGCAAAGAGCAGCCGGUGGUUUCGGUGGCCUUCGCGUGAACAGCAGGUUGCUCAUUCCCGUCCCAUACGCCGAUCCCGAAGACGAUUACACCGUCCUAAUCGGUGACUGGUUUACCAAGAGUCACACUGCCCUUAGCAAAUUACUGGAUAGCAGCCGUUCCCUAGGAAGACCACAAACAGUUCUCAUUAAUGGCCAAAACGCCAAAGGUGACGGAACUGACAAACCACUCUUCACAAUGAAGCCAGGAAAAACCUACAAAUACAGAAUCUGCAAUGUUGGUCUUAAAAGCUCCCUCAACUUUAGAAUCCAAGGUCACCCACUGAAACUUGUUGAAAUGGAAGGUUCCCACACCGUUCAAAACACUUACGAUUCCCUCGAUGUCCACUUAGGAGAAUGCUUUGGUGUUCUCGUAACAGCAAAUAAAGAACCAAAAGAUUAUUACAUGGUUGCUUCAACCCGUUUCACUAAAUCCAUUCAAACAGGUAAAGGUAUUAUCCGUUAUACUAACGGUAAAGGUCCUGCUUCACCUGAACUCCCUGAAGCUCCAGUAGGAUGGGCUUGGUCUUUGAACCAGUUCCGUUCUUUCCGUUGGAAUCUCACCGCUAGUGCUGCUAGGCCCAACCCACAGGGUUCUUACCAUUACGGUCAGAUCAAUAUCACUCGCACCGUUAAACUCAUUAACAGCGUUAGCAGAGACGGUGGAAAACUCCGCUAUGCACUUAACGGCGUCUCCCAUGUGGAUACAGAAACCCCUCUUAAACUCGCUGAAUACUAUGGUAUCGCUGAUAAGGUUUUUAAGUACGACACCAUUCCUGACAUGCCAACAAGUGUUCCAAAAACUGUUACAGUGCAACCCAAUGUUCUUAACUUCAAACAUCGUACUUUCAUUGAGAUCAUUUUUGAGAACCCUGAGAAAAGUGUCCAAUCUUACAAUUUAAAUGGAUAUGCGUUCUUCUAUGUAGCCGUAGAGCCAGGGACUUGGACACCAGACAAAAGGCAGACCUAUAACUUGCUUGAUGCUGUGAGCAGACACACCGUUCAAGUGUUUCCAAAAUCAUGGGCUGCAAUAAUGUUGUCAUUUGAUAACGUUGGAGUUUGGAAUUUGAGGUCAGAGAAUGCUGAGAAUCGUUACUUGGGACAACAGUUGUAUAUAAGUGUGUUAACUCCAGAACGUUCUCUUAGGGAUGAGUACAAUAUGCCAGAGGGUCACUUAGUCUGUGGACUUGUUAAGGAUCUUCCAAAGCCUGCUUCAUACGUCUAAGUACUAUUAAUGGUGGAAGCAACCAACCUCUUAAUUUCUUUUUAAGUUGUUAUGUAACUAGCAUUCCCCUGUCAGGCUCCUCAGCUAAAGUUUUCAUAUCAUUGUAUUAGCUGAGGUAUUAGGUAUUUUGUAUACAGGGACAGGGUGAAGUGGAGAAAUAACAUAGGGCUUUUCAAGCAUUAUUAGAUGUCAUGUACUAGAUCAUUUUGAAUCAACACUUAUAGAAAUUUCAUUACAUUUUUGUACUUUUACUAUAACUUUUAUACCACAAUUUCUACUAAUUUCUUUUCAGGAUUAAAUAUGUUUUUAUUCUCUAUA